AAUAAAUAGAGCCAUAUAAAAGUUAACCAUAACAAAUAUAAUUACUUAGUACUAAUUAUUUAAUUAUUUAAUUAUAGCUAGCAAUGGAAGCGACAUUAUUACCUAAUCCCAAAGAUACCAAUGCGACAAUAUUGUUGAUGGGAUUAAGAAGAGGAGGUAAAUCUUCUAUAUGUAAGGUAGUGUUUCAUAAUAUGCAACCAUUAGAUACCUUAUAUUUAGAAAGUACUUCAAAACCAACUACUGAACAAUUCUCUUCAUUAAUAGAUUUAUCAGUAAUGGAAUUACCAGGUCAGUUAAAUUAUUUCGAACCAAAUUAUGAUUCUGAAAGAUUAUUUUCCAGUAUAGGUGCACUUGUAUAUGUUAUUGAUUCUCAAGAUGAAUAUUUAAAUGCAUUAACUAAUUUAUCUAUGAUUAUUGAAUUUGCUUAUAAAGUAAAUCCAAAGAUUAAUAUUGAAGUAUUAAUUCAUAAAAUUGAUGGAUUAUCUGAAGAUUAUAGAAUGGAUGCUCAAAGAGAUAUAAUGCAAAGAACUGGUGAUGAAUUACUAGAUCUUGGAUUAGAAGGUGUACAAGUAUCAUUUUAUCUUACAUCAAUUUUUGAUCAUUCUAUUUAUGAAGCAUUUUCAAGAAUUGUUCAAAAAUUAAUUCCAGAAUUACCAUCAUUAGAAAAUAUGUUGGAUAAUUUAGUUCAACAUUCAUCAAUUGAUAAAGUAUUUUUAUUUGAUGUUAAUUCUAAAAUUUAUGUAGCAACUGAUUCAUCCCCGGUGGAUAUACAAACUUAUGAAGUAUGUGCAGAAUUUAUUGAUAUAACUAUAGAUCUUGAUGAUUUAUAUGUAGAAAAUGAUGGAAAUGGAGAGAAUAAACCUCGAGAAUUAAGAUCAGUUAGUCAUUUAUCACUGGGUUCUAUACUAUAUUUAAAACAAAUGAUUAGAGGUUUAGCAUUAGUUGCAUUAAUUAAGAAUGAAGAUUCAAAUGAUAAUAAAUCUAUUCAAUCAAGUGCUAGUCAAGAUAAGACAUUAACUAUUAUAGAUUAUAAUAUUAAUCUAUUUAAAAAAUCUUUAAUGAGAAUGUGGGAACAUUCAAGAUUUGUACCUGUUGAUGGUUUAAAUACUGAAGAAACUUUAUCAAUAGGUAAAGGUAUAACUAAGAAUAUAUAGAUAGGAAAUAAUAUAUUUAUCUUGUAAAUUAUUAAUAUACUACUAGAAUUUAAUAAAU